UGUUGGUUGGUACACCGAGGUACAGGUAUAGUGAAGUUACAGUGCUGAAUAUUUGCCGUUGAUAAGGGAUUUUACUAAUAAGCUUUAAAAUCCAUAAUCUUGUUGAACCACCUUGAAGUAAGUUUUGAUUUCUUUUUAUUUUAUGAACCUUAGGGUUUGAAUACGCUAUAUUGUUCUCAGUACCUAGCACCACAUUUUGUACUGUUCCACAAUUGUGUGUCAACUAUGGCAGCCUUACCGAGAAGAAUCAUCAAGGAAACACAAAGAUUGAUGCAAGAACCAGUGCCAGGAAUCAGUGCAGUUCCAGAUGAUAGUAACGCUAGAUAUUUCCACGUUAUUGUUACUGGUCCUGAAGACUCACCUUUUGAAGGUGGUCUUUUCAAGUUGGAAUUAUUUUUGCCUGAAGAUUAUCCUAUGUCAGCUCCAAAAGUUAGAUUUAUCACAAAAAUUUAUCAUCCUAACAUUGAUAGAUUGGGCAGAAUAUGUCUUGAUAUACUUAAAGACAAAUGGAGUCCUGCUCUUCAGAUCCGAACAGUUCUUUUAUCGAUUCAAGCUCUACUCAGCGCUCCCAACCCGGAUGAUCCUCUGGCCAAUGAUGUCGCAGAACUAUGGAAGGUUAAUGAAAGUGAAGCCAUACGUAAUGCCAAGGAAUGGACUCGGAGAUACGCCAUGGACAAUUGACUGUCGAACACGUGCAUCUUCUGAGGUUUGGAAAACAAAUUCUAUGCAACAAAAACUAUUUACAAUGAUACGGACAUUGAUAGGAUUUAAUUUUUGCAUCAAACAGAUGCGUAAGGGUUAAGUUAAUGUGCAGUUCUACAAUGUUUAUAUACCUACCCAAAAUACCCAAAUUUAAUUAUUAAAAGCACCUUUUUCAUCACAGACUUAAGCUUUGAUCUUUCUUAAACUAUUGGACUGUCAAACAAACCUAGCUUGGUUGAAUUGAGCUUACAUUUUUCUGCUAGCUCAUGUAGCUUAGUUAUUAAAUUAUUCUUUUCAAUUAGAGUUUUGAUUAUUUUCACUGUUAAUACGUUCAGCAUUUUAUAGUUCUUAUAUCCCCCGGUUUUAAUUUCAUUCAUGAAUAUUUUUGUCACAUGUAAAUAUAGGCCUUCUGCGAAAACUGGCCGUUAUGACUUGUAAAUAAUAGGUCUUUUGUAUAGUGAGUAGAAUUAUAAUUUUAAAAAAUUUUAUAAACCCUGUGUUACUUAAUUCCAGUAACUUAACUGAAAUUCAAUCGGGUGUGGUUGGUUGCUUGUUACCUUUGAGUUCUGGUAACUGAGGUUUCCAUUGAAACAAAUCAUACAAUUGAGUUACAAAAACCUUUCAAAGUUUAAUUCAAGUCCAGGCUAAAUUAUAAAAGAAUUAUAAUAACUGUUGUAGCCUAUAAUUACUAUAAUAGAAGAAUUAUAAUAAAUGUAUAAUUACUGUAUAGAACAUUAUAAAUCACAAAGUUCAGCUGAUAUUAAAUGGACACAUUUUAACACUUGGAUCAUGCUAGGCCUAAUGGCAUAAUAACUAUCAUAUUUUACAGUGUACUUAUCGGUAUUCAGAUUAGGCUAUUUUUAAAUAACUUACUGUACAGUUUUUUUAGUAGCCUAUUGUUUGUUGUAAUUCCCAAUAAUUUAUUAUGUUUAACCUGUUUUAGGUGUUUAAAAUGUAUUAAGUAAAGAAAGAUUUCAUUUAAGUUAACCUUUUAUUAAACUUAUAGUACCUAUAGUAACUUAUCAGAUUUCACAAAUGUUUAAAAACCGAUCUCCUCCACCGCCUUGUAACUUGCUUGUCAUUUUGUUUCCAAAACUAUGUUUGUCAAGUUUUAAGGCCUGCUAAUGUUUGAAAUAGACCCUAAUGAAAUUCAAUUGAUAGUCAAGACAUACAAUUUAAUUAAAAUUUUAAAUUAAGAAGGAACCCCACAAUAUAGUUGCAUGUCAAAUAUGAAAUCACAAGACAAAAACUUGUGUACGUAUGGUUCAUCUUGAUUGUAGAGAAAACCAAACAGUGCAAAUGCGCAUCCACCAGACGACCCUGAAUAGGCUACGUAUUACAGUAAGCUGUAAGUGUUGGCUCACAGAUGUGUUUUUUUGCUGUGUUAUUUGGUGUUACCAAUUUCAAUUAUCAAAUGCAUAAUUUUUGGAAUGAAAGUUGCUUUGUAAAAUAGGGGAUCAGUUCAAAGUCUUUUUUUUUUCAGUUUAAAUGUUGACAGCUUAAAUAUUAAUCAGAGUUAAGUUAGUAUUAAGUUAUGGUAAUACUGGUUAGAGCAUUUUUAUUUUGCUUAAAAAAAUAUGCAGUUUACAUUAAUUUAAGAGUUGUAAUCAAUUAUAUAAUCAGCCUAGCCUAAUUGCGAUAUUUUGUUAUGCACAGGUAUUGGUCCCAUGGUCACUGAUUUAAUGAAAGUUUAUUUUUUUAAACUGUACAAUGAAUUUUGCUUCUUUAAUAAAAUGGGAAGGUGCAGCAUGCAUCUA